UACGUUAAUUCCCGGGAUGGAAUCGGUCCAGAAAUAUCCGUGGCCGUCAUGAAGAUUUUCGAGUCUGCUAAGGUUCCCAUCCAGUGGGAGGAGAGGAAUGUGACAGCUAUCCAGGGCCCAGGAGGUAGAUGGAUGAUCCCUCCAGACUGUAAGGAGUCUAUGGACAGGACCCUGAUUGGGUUAAAAGGCCCCCUGAAGACCCCCAUCGCAGCCGGCCACCCCUCCAUGAACCUGCUCCUCAGGAAGACCUUUGACCUGUACGCCAACGUGCGGCCCUGCGUGUCCAUCGAGGGCUACAAGACCCCCUACACCGACGUGGACCUGGUCACCAUCAGAGAGAACACAGAGGGAGAGUACAGCGGAAUCGAGCACAUAGUAAGUCGCUAUGGUUACCACGGUCACGUUCAGUAGGAGAGAAAUGGGACAAAGU